AUGUACCCCGUUGGUCAACCUCCAUCGGGGGAGACGAGUGGUGGUGCCGUCGGUGUGGCUGGAGCAGUUGGUGCUGCAGCGGGCACUUCAGGUGCUGCUCCGGGGGCAUCUAGCACUGCUCCGACUGCUGCUGCUGGCGCGGCUGGUGCGGCGGGCGCUGCUGGAGCAAUAUCACUCGUGUCCCCCGCGGCAGCACCUCCCCCAGACCUGCCAGUGCUCACCUGCCCGAGACGACCCAAUCUCGGCCAUGAGGGGCGACCGAUUAUGCUUCGAGCUAACCACUUUCAAAUAUCGAUGCCGAGAGGAUUUGUUCACCAUUAUGAUGUCAAUAUACAGCCUGAUAAAUGCCCUAGGAAGGUCAAUAGAGAAAUUGUUGAAACUAUGGUACAUUGUUAUAUUAAGAUAUUUGGUACUCUUAAACCUGUGUUUGAUGGCAGAAACAAUUUAUAUACAAGGGACCCCUUGCCUAUUGGCAACGAGAGAGUGGAGUUAGAAGUAACUUUACCAGGUGAAGGUAAAGACAGAAUUUUCCGUGUGUCCAUAAAAUGGGUUGCACAGGUGUCAUUGUUUGCAUUAGAAGAAGCCCUGGAGGGUCGCACACGGCAGAUUCCUUACGACGCAAUUCUUGCUUUGGAUGUAGUGAUGAGACAUCUACCUUCCAUGAUGUAUACACCUGUUGGACGUUCAUUUUUCUCAUCUCCAGAGGGAUAUUACCACCCGCUUGGUGGUGGGCGAGAGGUUUGGUUCGGUUUCCAUCAGUCAGUGAGACCGAGCCAGUGGAAGAUGAUGUUAAAUAUAGAUGUAUCGGCGACUGCUUUUUACAAAGCGCAACCAGUAAUUGAGUUCAUGUGCGAAGUACUUGACAUACGGGACAUAAACGAUCAAAGAAAACCUUUGACGGACUCACAACGAGUUAAAUUCACAAAAGAAAUUAAAGGUCUGAAGAUAGAGAUCACACAUUGUGGCACGAUGAAGCGAAAAUACAGAGUGUGUAAUGUAACCCGCCGACCUGCGCAAAUGCAAUCAUUCCCACUUCAAUUGGAAAACGGACAAACAGUCGAGUGCACUGUAGCUAAAUAUUUCUUGGACAAAUACAAAAUGAAGUUGAGAUACCCGCAUCUGCCAUGUUUGCAAGUGGGACAGGAACAUAAACACACGUACCUGCCAUUGGAGGUGUGCAACAUAGUGCCAGGACAGAGAUGCAUUAAGAAGCUGACCGACAUGCAAACCUCGACCAUGAUCAAAGCCACUGCACGCUCGGCGCCGGACAGGGAACGCGAGAUCAACAACCUGGUGCGUCGUGCCAACUUCAACACGGACUUGUACGUGAAGGAGUUCGGUCUGACGAUAUCCAACAACAUGAUGGAGGUGCGCGGGCGCGUGCUGCCGCCGCCCAAGCUGCAGUACGGCGGCCGCGUCUCCUCGCUCGGCGGACAGCAAGCGUUACCCAACCAGGGCGUGUGGGACAUGCGCGGCAAACAGUUCUUCAUGGGCGUCGAGAUUAGAGUGUGGGCCAUUGCCUGCUUCGCGCCACAACGCACUGUCAGGGAAGACGCAUUGAAGAAUUUCACUCAGCAACUGCAAAAGAUCUCAAACGAUGCGGGCAUGCCGAUUAUAGGCCAGCCUUGCUUCUGCAAGUACGCGACCGGCCCCGACCAAGUGGAACCCAUGUUCAAAUAUCUCAAAUCCACAUUUGUGCAACUCCAAUUAGUGGUUGUUGUGUUGCCAGGAAAAACUCCUGUAUAUGCCGAAGUAAAGAGAGUCGGUGACACAGUGCUCGGAAUGGCAACUCAAUGCGUGCAAGCGAAGAACGUGAACAAAACAUCGCCGCAGACGCUCAGCAACCUCUGUCUCAAAAUCAACGUGAAGCUCGGCGGCAUUAACUCCAUUCUCGUGCCGUCGCUCCGUCCAAAGGUAUUCAACGAGCCGGUGAUCUUCCUGGGCGUGGACGUGACGCACCCGCCGGCGGGCGACAACAAGAAGCCGUCGAUCGCGGCGGUGGUGGGCUCCAUGGACGCGCACCCCUCGCGCUACGCCGCCACCGUGCGCGUGCAGCAGCACAGUUCUUCCUUACCCAGACAAGAAAUAGUCCAUGAGAUGAGCAGCAUGGUGCAGGAGCUCCUUAUAAUGUUUUACAAGAGCACAGGAGGGUUCAAACCGCACCGUAUUAUAAUGUACCGCGACGGCAUCUCCGAGGGACAGUUCAUCCACGUGCUGCAGCAUGAGCUCACCGCCGUCAGAGAGGCUUGCAUCAAGUUGGAGGCGGAAUAUAAGCCGGGCAUCACAUUCAUAGUGGUUCAGAAGCGGCACCACACACGUCUGUUCUGCGCCGAUAAGAAGGAGCAAUCGGGCAAGUCCGGGAACAUACCCGCCGGCACCACUGUCGACCUCGGCAUCACUCACCCCACCGAGUUCGACUUCUACCUAUGCAGUCAUCAGGGAAUACAGGGCACGUCGCGGCCGUCGCACUACCACGUGCUGUGGGACGACAACCACUUCGGGUCGGACGAGCUGCAGUGCCUGACGUACCAGCUGUGCCACACGUACGUGCGCUGCACGCGCUCGGUGUCGAUCCCGGCGCCCGCGUACUACGCGCACCUGGUGGCGUUCCGCGCGCGCUACCACCUCGUGGAGAAGGAGCACGACUCGGGCGAGGGCAGCCACCAGUCCGCCUGCAGCGAGGACCGCACGCCCGGCGCCAUGGCGCGCGCCAUCACCGUGCACGCCGUCACCAAGAAGGUCAUGUACUUCGCGUAACUACCGCCCGCCGUCGCCGCGGUCCACCUCGACGAGAGGAACACUCGCAGGUACGCCGACUCACAAAAAAGGCUAAAAAACAAUGUGGCGAUCGUAUUACACCUAUGAAUUACAUUUAUUUAUUUUGCAUAAAAACCAAUCAAUUUUUCGCACAAAUCCACUUUAUGUUCCAAAUGCAAAGUUAUAAUUGGAAUAAAAUGAUGCAUUACUAAAACGAACGAUAUUGAAUGAAACCAAAUAAAAACCAAGGAUUUAUUUUAUAUACUUACUAAAUGUAUUGAAAAUAACAAAUAUGUAGUGCUGAGCCCCACACAUAGAUAUUAUGUCUUGUGGCAUGAGUAUCGGUACUAAGACCAUAUAUUAUUUGUGCAAGUGCUGGAUGUAAAUCCGUAGUGUCAUUUUACGGUGUAGGCGGCGCAUAACACGCUGUAUUGUAGAGUCUGACUUGUUUGUAAAAUAAAAUAGGACAAAAUUCACUUUUUGAUUUUUAAACUGAGUUCUACCGGAAAUUUAAUAGCAGCUGGAUAAAAAUUAUAUAAAAAGGCAGCCGGUAGAGCUAAGUUUUUAGUUUAAAUUGUCAUCUGGCGGAUUUAGAACCAAUAGGUCAUCUAUCUCAUCUUCGUGGAGAAUUUUCGAUUUUGAUCCUUAUAUACCUUGUUUAUGUACAUUUUAGGAAAAUUCUAUCAUAACUUCUAUUAUUUCAACCUUUUUAUGUGCUAUUCAGAUUAUUUAUUUUCUUGGCAGUGUAAUGUUGUUGUUCUGUUUUAAAGUUCACUUUUUUCUGAGUUAGAUGGUAUCGGUUCUAACCUCGCGAUAUGACAAAGCUGUUAAAUGUACUUGGUUAUUAUAAAAAUGACACUACUACGCCCCGUGGAAGUAAAAGCAUACGAAUUUCAACCUUAUAGAAAAGUAGCCAUAAAAAAAGACAUAAACCAUCAAUCUUCAUUGUCUAAACUGUAAACAGUAUUUUAUUGAUUGAUAAAAAUAAAAUUGUAAUUUUGGUAAUUAUAUAUAAUUUGAUGUCUGCUGUUAUGGAUAUUUGUUAUACAGUGGAGACUCGAUUAUCUGGACCUCAGUUAUACGGGUUCGCGAUUAUCCGGAUUGCCAACCGCGAGCCGCGACGGGAUGGAACUCAAAAACUUCCGAUUUUGAAAAUUCCCUCGUCAAUAGGAAACUAUAAUAUCCCAUGGGUGCUACUUUUUAUCCCGGGAAUGGUCAUUAAAGCGGGCAGAGCCGCGAGCAAAACUGGAUAAUAAUAUUUUUUACUACAUAUAAAAAUGUUUUUUUUUUUUUCAUAAUAAUUUCAGAAUUUCCGAUUAUGCCAAUGCUCUAGGACAACAUUGAUCUGUUUAAUCAAGUCUCCACAGUAAUAAAAAAAAUGUGAAAACAUAUCUUCAAAUCAUUAGUAAAAUUGUUGGCAUAUCUUUUUUCUACAUUAUGGUCAUACUUUCAUUUUAUUGUCAAUAGAUUGUAAUAUUGAAAGACAUUUUUUAGCCUUAUUUGUGCAUGGUGUGGACGGUUCCAAUGUUAUUUUUGAGGGUUUUUAAAUGUUUUGUAUGAAGCAGACGGAGUUUCGCUGAUAUUCUCUCUGCUAGUAUACCAUAGAGAAUCAGUCCGUUACACUCCUCUAUUGUAGCUGCAGGAAAACAUGAAUAUAACGAGGGAUAAGCAAAUGCUAUCGAAAACUAUUUUUAAUUAAAACGCUUCAGAUUAUGUAAUCAGUAAAAUCUUUUUUAAGUUUUAAAUAAUGUCGGUUUAUCGGUAGCCUGUAGAGUUUAAUUAAAUUGAAACCGGACAAGUGCUAGUUGGACUAACGCAUCAAGGGUUCCGUACAAAAAUUUUAGUAAGCUAUAUAAGUAUAUAAGUACAUAUUUACGGCUAUCAGAUUUCUUAAGAGAUUGCUUCUUUGCCAAAUUUCAUGAUAGGUCAACAGUUCAACAGGUUUAAAUUCCAUUGUGUAAUUGAAAAAUAUGCUACAAAUCAUUACUAUGUUUGGGUCGCGUUGAUUUACAAGUAGGAUUUUUUCACGCCUGAAAGUGACUGUAGACACGAGUAUUUGAUAUAUUUUCAACUUGAUACUUCUACGCCUUCCUAUGAAUAUGGUUUUGACAUACAGACAGACUGAUACAUAAAGUGAUCCUACAAGGGUUCCUUUUGUAGUACGGAACCCUAAAAAUGGUAUAAACCACACUUCAACCACAUAUAUUAUAUAAUUUUCUUGUAUAUUAUUAUAUGAUUUGUUACUGCAACUAAAAUUAUGGAUCUAUUUUUAAUAUUUAUAGACACUUUACGGACUCACAUACAUAUAAACCCUAUUAUUCAAGGUUUUACCUCACCUAUAUGUUUUGUUUCUUCAUCUAUCUCUCUCUUUCACUCUUAACAAAAAAUACAUUAGUCAAAAGUGUUAAAAAUGUUUAUAGGUAUGUUGGUAAAUGUAGAAAGUGUGCGUUUUAUUGAUGUAGAUAUUUCUAAACGCCCUGCUUAAGUCAUUAGAAUUAAUGUAAGCCAAUAAUAUAAUCAAGAUCAUACAAAUUUUAUCUCACUUUUAUAUAUCGGAUAGUGUGUUCGAAUGUUUUCUAUAGUUCGAUCAUAACGUUAACACUUUACGGUUGUUUGGUCCUAGAGUUGUAAUAGGCAAUGGAAACAUGUUCAACAGUUUCAUCAUGACCAUUUUACGUACAUCUUAACUUUAAGUUGGACCACUAUAGAAUGUUAAAUGUUAUUCAUAAUCAUAUCUAAAGUAACACCAAGUUGACUGUGAAUGCUUCUAAAUAAUGUGCGACCAAAAGUAAAAAAGGUAUUUACUUUAUGUAUAGACUAAAAUAUUUUUGUACUACGUCAAAUAUACUUUUAUGAAGCUAUGUAACCAUUGGGUAACAAUUAAGGAUGCGUCCAAAUAUGGCGAAGGCGCCACGAAUCUGCGGCGCCUCAGUGUGCAAUCAUUUUCCUACUUAAACGCUUUGUAAUAAGACCAGAGCAACGGGUCGCGCGCACACGCACGCAUUCACAGCGCACUCGACACAUAUGGACGCGUCUUAACACGUACGUUUGACAAUGUUGUUUGUAUGCAAUUAGCCAUACACUAUAAGUUAUGAUACAUGACCAGCUUCGUGGUAUUCCUAGAGACGAAUACCGCCACGAAACAAACUUUGAAUACCAUAUAUUGCUCAACAUGUAGCCGAACAUGUUGAGCAACGUUUAGCAAGACAAUUGUUACCCGAUACAUACAUAGCAUAACGCAAUCAUUUACACAUAAUUCAACGACUCUGACGUUACAGACGACUAAAUAAAAUACCGCCAUUGAGGCUUUCGGAUUAGUUUAACGACCACCACCGUCUUAUACUAUAGCACUUUUGUAGCGUUGCCAUUUCAUUUUAUUUUCGCGUCAUAUGUGGAGUGUCAAGGUUAGAAGUGCAUAUCUGCUAAGUUAUUAUUUUAUUCGGGCAAAAUGACUCCACUCCUGAAGUGGCAUUUGGAUAGAAUAUCGGCGACGAGAGGUGAUCAUCUCUCGGCAGUCGAUACAAUUAUGCCAGGCGGUAAGAAACCAGAUAUACUCAGAGUGAUCCCGUAACCCUUCAAACUUACGUGAGCCAUUAUGGCGGGUUUUGCACCUAGUGUACGGUGAUCGGUGUCCAGUCGAAUACGAAUAUCCUGCCAUAAGCAAAACGUGUUUGCGAAUAACCAAUGCAUCGCGCUUGUACACACCUACCGUAUUUCCCGGAGUAUGUGGGAUUGGAGGUGUAUUGCAAAAAUUGUUAUUUUGUUUCAAGUCACAUACUUUAAUAUAUAGUCAGAACUUCGUUAUAUCUGUGGUGAGUUAAUAGCAGAUUGAAACCCUCUAUUAAUAAAUAACUGAUUAAAAAGACGACCAGAUCUUUCACCUGAAGGUAAACACCACGACUGUCCAUAAACCAUUCAUCGCUUAAUUAUUUUAAUAAAAAAGUAUUGAGGAAUGUUGACAUAAAUCAUAAGUAAAAAAUAUAUACAUACUUUUAAUUUGGUAUCGUAUGCGAUUAAAAGAUCAAUGCUUUAGCCCCACACAAGACUUGAAACUCGGAUCUCUUUAUUGAAGAUUGUUAGAAUUCACGUGCAUCCGAGCGGUGCAGUAGGGAAGUUGUACGCAUUCGCGAACGUAGUGGACGCACACGUCUAUAUGUCUCAAAGUAUACUGUUUGCGCCUUAACAAUCUAAUGAUUUAGCUAUAAAGUAACCGUCAAUCAAAACAAUUGUGAUCUCGUGCACAGAAUGUUAUCAAAUUAGUCUAGUUUUAAGAGGUCUAUAGUAUAUAAAUGAAAUUGUUUACAAUUGAUUUCCGUCAAUAGGCGGGCAUUAGAUUUGUAAGUCUUGCUUACAUAAGUUACUUACGAAUAAUUUACUAAUGUUAACAAUUGUAAAGCUGGUUGCAGUAAUAUAUGUGCGUAUUUUUGUGACAUACUAUUCAAAAUCACAAAGGGUACUCGAGGAUUAUAUCAUCGCAUUGCUUUGCGUCGCUCAAGAAAUUUCUUUACGUAUGAUUCUGCAACAAACAUAAAAAUUUGUUUACAUGUUACAAAUUUUUUGUAACUAAUUUAUGUGAGUAAAACUUACAAGGGUACGGUCCACCUUGCCGAGCAAAUUAUAUAAGCACACAACUAAGUAACUGUAUAUAUUAUGAGUAGGCUGGAGUAAUGAACUAGGCUAUAUACGGCAUUCGAAUAGUAAUUGUGUUCGUCAUGUAGAGUUUUGGAAAUCAAAUGAAAGAAAAAAAAAGUCGAUAGUAAGUUAGCAUAAUAACUUAAUGGUUUAUCAUGAGCUUAAAAAUUAUUUUUUACAUCUUGUUUUGUAGUUUGUCGAUACGUAUCUGUGAAUAUUGUAAUGUAUGGAAUGGAUGUACACAAGAAUAAUCAAGAGUAGACCAGAUGUCAUUUACGUGUCGAUUUCUGGCCGGGAACAGGGGCAAGACACGCGGUUAGACAGUUCCCGGUCUCAAUGCACUCCUAAUAUAAGGCAAGCCAUACAAUAAUACACUCAAGUGAUACAGCAGUAAAUUGGGAUAAGACGAUAGGCUUUCAUAUCCAGCGGUGAUACACCCGGCCAAUAAGGGUUUUGAUACGAUCAAUAUCGUAAACAUCCUCGGUAUUGUAGUAUUAACAUGUCAUCCCUAGCAGCUAACUAAAAUGAUUUUCUGCUAAUUAUUUACUUCAAGACCUCGUUACCCUUCAUACAGCUAAAGAAUUUCAUUAAGCUGUAAAUAGUUAAAUAGAUAAUAUAAAAUUACUUCUUUGUGACCGGAAAGGUUGAGUGUUUAUAAUUGCAUUUCGCCCCAAGAUUUAAUUUUGUUGGGCAUUCCCUCAGGGUCUUCUUCACUGCCUUUAGGAACAAAUAUGGGUUCAGCGCAACACUAUUUAAAGCACUAUUUAAAGAAGGAUUUGUCUUAGUUUUUGCGACUGGCCGCCUGCCUGACAUGAAAUCUUUCCGGGGAUAAAGCAUUGGGUAAACCGUUGUUAGAAAAGCCACACAGUGUUGCCCGAGCUGGAAAUCGAAUCUAAAACCUCCCGGUUCACAGCCCGUAUGCACUGCCACUAAAUAAAAUAUACCAUGUCUAUUGGUUUUACAAUAUUGAGCAAGGUUUCUAGCCAAAAUUUGUCUUAAAUUAUAUUUUUUUUACCGUUUAUCUCUUAAGUUAGUACAGUUUGUGGCACCUGUACCUAUUCUGCUGACAUGGGCAGAUGCUUCUUGUAAUUGACCACGUUACAUUAUAUUAGUUGUUGAGAAUUUCUAGUUAUUUAAGGCUAAAGCACGCUUAUGACUGUGGCAAUUGUGGCGGCAGCCAAUGUAACUGUACGGUUAGUGUUGUCACGAGCAGCUUUCACAAUGGCAUAGCUAAAUGUAGCUGAAUAUUUGUUGAAAGCAUGAAGAUUUACUAUAGAUGCUUGCAACAUUUAUUAGUUGAGCUAUUUUCUUUUAUUUUCAUGAGCAAGUCGUGUCUAUAUAAAAACUGCGCCUCAAUCCAAUGAAAAGAUUGAGUAGUUCGACGGCCAAAUAAUCACGGAUGUCAGCUGUAUUCGUUGCGUCAGAGAGGCAGUUUUUUUAUUUUUCAAUGAAUUCGUGACAAAAUUUACAGUUUUUACAAAUAUAUAGACCGUUUUAGUUAUAUUAUUUUGAGUUAGAUAGUUUUAUCAUGUAUUGAGACCUUUAAUUUUCUUUGCGGAAUAUCGAUAAAAUUGUAAACGAAAGUUUAUUUAAUAUCUUAGGCUAUAUGUUGAAUAAGUUUAGUUAUAAUUAUGUUGUAUUAUGUAUUGGUAGGUAUCCCAGGUUCAAUAAAUGGACUAUUUUUGUAAGAGCACCAACAGAGUUAUUUCGGUAACACUAUAGAUUUAAGUUAAUGCAUGCAAUAAUUAAUAAUCGAUUGUAUUAGCCAAAGAAGUUUUCAUAUCAAGAAAACUUUCAAAUUAACGUUGUAUUUACACUUACAAGAUAGUAAUCUUAUUUUUAUUCUAGAAUGAAGGUAGGAUUGAUUAAUAUAUAGCAAUAUCUAUACUCGCUACCUCUGGCAUAUACUUAUUUAUUAAUACGAUGUAGUUGGGAUCAUGAUACAAAUUAAUUAAUCAAAAGGCGCUUUUAACGUUCUACACUAGAUAUAUUUAUUAACUUGUUCUCUUGUCAUUUAAUAUAAUGGGGAUUAACAGCAAUAUUCACAAAAUAACUCCGAUUCAAAAUAAGUAUAGUAAUAUGUAAUAGAUAUAUUUUGUAGUAACUUAUCGUAAUAUAACGGAACUAAACAAACGAAUGUCCGUACAAUUAUAGCUAGCUGCGUUUUAAAUGUUAAUUGGUAAAUUUGUACAAAAAAUAUAUUUCGAAAUGUUAUUGUGUACUCACAAUGUGAUAAAAUCUUACGAAAUGCCAAUAAAUGUCAUGAAGUGAUAUUGUCAAUUUACUCUAAACGGUGUGUCCAGGGGCCGGCGUUUUCCUUCGCACUUAGUAUUUACGCCAAACUCAGUAGAAAGUGCAAAGGAAAGCGUGGAAGUAAUUACGUUCUUAAUACAUAUUACUACGGGAUCAACAUUUUAUAUUAUGUAAAUCAAAUGAAAGGCACAGCGAAUCAAGAUAAAAUUUCAAAUUAAUUAACAAAACAUCGCUUCUGGAGCCAAUCUGUGCAAGUGUUGGCGUGAUGUUAAUUUAUCUUUUACAUAAACAACUAACUUUGAAGUUAUUCUUGUGAUUUGUGUCGUGGAAUGAGUUUAAGUGUACGUUACGCACACACGGCAAAGAUGAUUUCUUUUAAUUUUUGCACAUUUGUCUUAUCACUGUGUCUUUACAACGGCGCUAUUUUAAGUAUGUAAUUCUAUAUGUCUGCAAUAUCAAUUAUAUUUCUAAUGUGUGGGUGCAUUUAUGUAACAUGAGGCAAUAAGUUCGAUAUGUUUGAAGGGCCAUAUUCAGUAGGUUACACAUGCACGCAGCUUAUAAUAAUUAUUAUGCAAUGAAAUUUGUACCUACCCAUGUUCUCCGGCGGACUUAGCAAUUUCAUUUCGACCUUUAUUGUUAUGGCAGAGCGAUGGUCUUCAAUCAAAAGUUAAUUUAAAUUAUCAAGCAUACAAUAUACUUAGGUAUGCAUCAAUAUUCCACUGACACUAAUGUCAUGUUUGUCGCAUCAUAUUAAUGCAAACGUAUCUUUAAUCAAAGUAGACGUAUUGUAAACAUUUUUGUCUGAUGUGAAUAUACGUGUUAGCUAAAUGACACAAAUUAGAGAAAUAAUAAAAAUCUGAAGUUGCCAACUCCGCCUAUUAUUUUUAAUAAUUUUCUUCGUGUUACGAGAAUUUUAACAAAUGAAAUGUAGCUAGUUAAAGCGCAAUACGCCAAUAUAAAAUAUGAAUUGUUGUUAAAAUAUUCAUACACGUUGAUCCAAGUUUGUUCUCGAUAGUCGCAGUGUGAAGCACCUGCACCUUGUGUCCUAUGUAUAAUAUUAGGUAAUGAUGCAUUCGUGUUACAUUUUAAACGAACGUCAUGUAACUCUAAUUAUUGUUCUUUAAUCUAGCCGUCAUAAAUGAAAGAUUGUAAGUAGUUUUAGUAGUUACAAUUAAAUAUAUAGCUAGUUGUAUACUUAUGCACAUCAUUGCCGCAGUCUAAAGAUUAUAUUAUCUGUUACGGAGUCGGACGUCGGAACAGCCAUCGUGUAAACGUAGUACAAAUGUUGAAAGACAGAUGUAUUUACGCACAUACUAAAGAAUGAUUAACUUUAAACGUACAAGGUAUUACGAUAAGUCCCUUCUGCUAUUAAAAGUAGCAUCACUACCUUGAGGAGGAAGCUUUGCCUCGUAAGAGCCUAUUUAGGUUUGUAGAAUACGACGUCUAGUUUAGCAAAGUAUCUUUUCGUAACUCUAUCUACAUAACUUCGGAAACAGACGGAUAAAUCUUUAGACUGUUAGUAACCUUUGAUAAUAUUACGUUGCAUGUCAAGUAAGUCUAGUGAAAAAGGGGGCGUAAUAUAUAUAUGCUAUUCGAUAUUGUUUUUACAUUAAGACUAGAGCGGGAUUAACAUAAAUAAGGUGUAUAAAUCAUUUUACAAGAUAUGUUUUGUUACGAUUAUGAAGAAACAAUAUUUUUGCAAAUUUACGACUACCUUUAUUGCUUACAGUAAUGUAAUCUUUUGGAUUAAUAAUGGAAUUAAAUAAGAAUAUCGGAAAUUGUAAUAAAUAACGUGAAAACUGUGAUCCGGCGUUGAAUUUCUUGUUUAUCUCUGGCUAGUAGUAUUGGCGCUGAGGAUCGGGGAUAUCGAACAUAAAGUGAUGGUAGUAAUCGCAAUAAAUAACAAUUGUAAUUAAUUAUUUAUACCGGUUAUAGUGUAAGGUCUUCCGCCUUUUCAUGUUAUUGAUAAUUAUUAAGUAUAAUAAUAUUUUCGUUUUCUGAUAUGUAAUAUCAAAUUUGUAGAGGAAGUCGAACAAAGCGCAUAAGAUUUCACGAUUCCGUCUAAUCAGCAAACCAUUGAAUGUUUUUCUAUAAACUAUGAAAUUCUUAUUUGCUUUGUUUAGUCUUCCAUUCAUAAAAAAAAAAAACAUUUCUUUUUUAUUUUAUAGUUUUCGUUAUUGUCUUUAGUUCGGAAUAAAUAAUUUUAUAAUUAGCCUACGCUAUGCUUUUGUAUAUGUAAAACCUUUGUGUGUUCUUAUACGUAGUGUGGAAUGGUUAAAUGUUAACAAGCGAUUAAUUCCUCUUUUUAAGAAAUAAAAAAAUAAAUAAUAUGAUCAAUUAGAGUAAUGAUACUAUAUUGGUUUUGAAUCGAUUAAUGUGGUAUAAAUAUCGACUCAUUUGUAUUAGAAGAAAAUGGACAUAAACACAAUUUAUGACACAAAACUAGUAUUAUGAGAAAUUGUAAUUUUCUUUGAAUGUCAUGUGCAAUUGAUGUAAAUGAUUUCCAAUAAUCGGUAAAAAACUAAGCGAUAGAUAGAAUAUUUUUGUGCCUUAUACAUUACAUCGCUGAGGUGUAAGGUCAGUAUUAAUCCUUUGAUAUCGCUUUAAUCGUGGAUGUAAUCGCCUGGCCAACGCUUAACGUUUCCACCCUGCGUAUUGCAUAUGGUCUAUGGAUUGCUUUAAUUGUGUCGACACCAAUUAACCAUUUCUUCGUGCAGGGUAAUUCAUCUUUGAAAAUUAAUGGUAUAAAUAAACUUAAUGCGCGUUAUUAUUGUAUAAAUAAAGCUCAAUCCCCCUA